AUGGGGGUGGCUCAGGAGGAGCAGACCUUCACGGCUCUGCUGGGGGUCGCGGCCGUCGCGGGCCUCACGACCCUCAUUCUCCUCCUGGUGGAGGCCACAAGUGUCCUCCUGCCCACAACCACCAAGUUCGGGGUCGUGCUGGACGCGGGCUCCUCGCACACCUCGCUCUUCCUGUACCAGUGGCCGGCAGACAAAGAGAACAACACGGGAGUGGUCAGCCAGGCGCUGGCCUGCCGGGCACAAGGCCGGGGAAUCUCCUCGUAUGCGGCCAACCCCCUGGGAGCUGCCGAGAGCCUGCGGGACUGCCUGGAGGAGGCGGUGGCGCACAUCCCGCAGGCCCAGCACCGGGAGACGCCACUGUUCCUGGGGGCCACGGCUGGUAUGCGACUGCUCAGCCAGAAGAACAGCUCCCAGGCCGCGGAGGUCUUCGAUGCCGUGUCCCAAGUCCUGGCCCAGUCCCCUCUGGAUUUCCGGGGUGCCGAGAUCCUGAGCGGGCGGGAUGAAGGCGCCUACGGGUGGAUCACGGCCAAUUACCUGUUGGGCAGGCUGGUUAAGUACUCCGCGGUUGGGAAGUGGAUCCGGCCCGUGGAGGAGGCCCUGGUGGGCGCCCUGGACCUGGGCGGGGCGUCCACCCAGAUCAGCUUCGUGCCAGAGGGCCCAGUCCUGGACGCGCGCAGCCAGGCCACCUUCCGCCUGUACGGCACCACGCACAGCCUCUACGCACACAGCCAUCUGUGCUUCGGGCGUGACCAAGCGCUGCUCAGGCUGCUGGUGGGCCUGGUGCAGGGAAACCCAACCGGUCCUGUUCGCCACCCGUGCUACCACAGCGGCUACCGGGCCACGCUGGCCCCGGGCGUCCUGUACGAGUCCCCAUGCGUGCGCGAUCCGCCGAGCCCGGGCCUCUCGCAGAACCUGACGGUGGAGGGGACGGGCAACCCCGCGGCCUGCGUCGCCGCCAUUCGGACGCUCUUCAACUUCUCCAGCUGCGUGGGCCGGGCCGAUUGCGCCUUCGACGGGGUCUACCAGCCGCCCGUGCGCGGCCCCUUCUACGCCUUCUCCAGCUUUUACCACACCUUUCACUUCCUCAACCUGACCGCUGGGCAGACUUUGGACACCACCAACGCCACCAUCUGGGCUUUCUGCCAGAGAUCCUGGAAGCUGGUGGAGGACAGCUACCCCGGGCAGGGGCUCUGGCUGCGAGACUACUGUGCCUCCGGGUUGUACGUGCUGACGCUGUUACUAGACGGCUUCGGCUUCAGCCAGGAGACCUGGGUCAGCAUCAAGUUCCGGACGCAGGCUGACGGCACCGACCUGGGCUGGACGCUGGGCUACAUGCUCAACCUCACCGGCCUCCUCCCCUCCGAGGCCCCGGCCCAGUGGCGGGCCCAACACCCGGGCGUCUGGGUGGCGGGCGUGGUCUUCGCGGUGCUGACCCUCGUGGCCAUCCUGGGGGCUUUCGCGGUCCAGCUCUUCUGGCCCCAGGACUAG